GAUCGGUGGAUGGUAGGAUGCAGCUCGCCAAAAGCCCUCCCUCCCAAGUCCUCUCUCUCUGUCUCUGCCCCCGUCGUCGUCGUGUCUUCCUCAACCAUCACAUCACAUCGCACAUCAGAAAACAAUAACAAUUCAAUCAAAACCCCAGCAUCCGCCACUUCAGCUUCGACAUCGUUAAGGAAGCUCCGGGGGCGUGAACCUGACGAGUAGAUUAUGACGGAAUUCAUUGGUGCUCGCAUCUCGUUGAUUUCGAAGAGCAACAUACGAUAUGUCGGUACCCUCCACGAGAUCAAUUCCGAGACCAGCACGGUAGCGCUCGAGCAGGUGGUGUCGCAUGGCACGGAGGGCAGACGCGGGGGCGAUGGGGAAAUUGCGGGCUCGGAAAAUGUCUACGAAUACAUUGUAUUCCGUGGAAGCGACGUUAAGGACUUGAGGAUUGAGGAGCCGGCGCAGAAGAAGCCACCUAUCCCACCGCCGCAGCUGGAUGAUCCAGCUAUCUUGGGUCAAAGCUCUCGUCCGUAUGCGCCACCACAGCCUCCGCCUGGGCAGUUCCAGCAGCAACAGGCCCCGCCUCCGAUGGGAAUGCCGCCGUAUUACCAGUUUCCCCCGCCUCAGCAACAGCAUCGCGGCUACGGACCCGGCCCUAGUCCUUACCAGGCUGCUGGCAUGUUUGGAGCUUACCCGCCGCCGAUGGGUGGUCAGUCUCCUAUGGGAAUGCCAGGUCCUGGAUUGGCUGGUCCACAGCAGCAGCCUCCACAGCAACAGCCUCACCCGCUGCAGCCCCCGCACCAGCAGCCUCAUCAAGCCCCACAGCAGCCUAUGCAGCAGCAGCAGCCCCCGCAGCCUAACCAGCAGCAGCCGCCAACUGGUCCACAGAACAGAGCGCCUCCACAAGCUCCGAUCGGCCCCUCUGCGAAUCGUCAGGUCCCCGGUGCCUCUCGUCAGCCUCCUGCGCAAGCUCCCAAGCCGCAGGAGCAGCCCGCCCAGCCUACCGCAGCGCCUGUGCAACAGCAACCCAAAGGCGAGAACACCAACCAACCCAAGCUGUCCGAACAGACCAAUGCCGGUGCGCCUGUAGCCGCUGCCCCCCACAAUCCUGCCACUGCUCCUUCCGGACCCAAGGCACGUGGUGGAAUCGUCCCCGCUCUCCCCCGAACGUCGCCAGCCGCUAGACCUUCAACUACCACCACAGCGAACAAUGCUGCAGCAUCUCCUGCGCAGCUUCCUCCGAAGCCUGAAGCAGCCGCGAGUGCAAAUGCUACCAGUGCCGCGGUUAGGGAUCUCGCCGACAAGGUCAAUCGCUUGGCCGUGACAGCUGGAAAUGCUGCUGCAGCGCCGAAGCCAACCGCCACCACCAAUAGCAACACCAAUAACGCCAACCACACCAACAGCCCCCGUGCCGUCGACGGUCCGGUACCAAAUGUCCCAGCCCCCGGCGUCCAGGUGACUCACCACCAAGCGCGCACGCGCCAGCAGCCCGGCACCGGCAACUUUGUCGCCGGCCGUGGCCGCGGUAGUUUACGUGGAAACUUCAACCAGCAGACGCGCAAGGUGGAGGUUCCCACGACAGACUUCGACUUCCAGGGCAACAACGAGAAGUUCAACAAGCAAGACCUGGUCAAGGAGGCGAUCGCGUCGGGCACGGACGAGAACGCACCCCACGUCACGGAGCCCGCAUCGUCGACGGAAGAGCAGUCGGCCAACACCGACGAGGCCGCCGUCAGUAUUCCGCCGCCCCCGAAAGACGGCUUCUACAACAAGAAGUCAAGCUUCUUUGACAACAUCUCCUGCGAGAAUAAGGAGCGUGCUGAGGCAGUUCCCGGCGAGCGUAGAGGCGGCGCACAGUUCCGCUCCGAAGAGCAGAAGAAGAACCUUGAGACCUUUGGCCAGGGAAGCGUUGAUGGGUAUGGCAGCGGAUACCGUGGCGGAUGGAGGGGCGGCCGCGGCAGAGCUAGGGGUGGGUACCGCGGAAGAGGCUUUGGAUACUCCCGUGGAGGCAGCGGAACGGGCGGCGGGUACCGCGCGCAGCAGCAGCAGGCUGGUACUGCCGCCGGUAACUAACCUGACUUACUGAGACGUGACGAUCGGAGGUGGACGGGGAAUUGCUCGGUGAUGAUGAUACUUGGACGAGAUGAGAUGAGAUGGGAUGGGAUG